AGGUCGGAGGGGCGGUGCUUGGGUGGGUUGAGCCUGAGGAGGGGGCUGGGUGGAACAUCUGAAUCUGAGACGGGUCCAGGGAAAGGCCUCCCAGGGACUGAGUUUGUCUAAUAAGGGGGCGGAGCCUUCAGAGGGCAGGGCCUUAGAAAUUUUAGGGCUAGUGAACCUGACUGGAAGGUUGGAAAGGUGACCCUGAAAGCCGGGUGUGGCGGUAUGGUUGGGGCACCCACGUUGGGGUGGAGGGAUGAUUCUGCAAGGGUCUAAGUGAUGCAUCUCCAUGCCCAAGAGAGGAUUUGAAAGAGGGGAGAGAUGACUGCUCCAGGUGACUUUGGAACCCCAGUCAGGAUAGGAGAGUAUCUGAGGACACUCUUUCAUUCAGCAGACAUUUACUGAGCUGGAUAGAUGGGAUGUGAACAAGACAGAUAAACUGUAUUCUCUUGGAGCUUGCAGUCGAGUAGGGGAGAGAGACAAUAAACAGGACUUAUUGUGUUAUGGUCCGUAGAGAAAGAGUGAGCUGAUAAGAGUGGGGGGUAGGGGAGCUAAAUUUAGACGAGAGAAGUCAGCUGUGUGCAGGCUUAUAUUUACACUGGGGUCAGAGAGAUAAGCAGAAGCCGGAUCGUGAUGGAUAUUACAUGACAGUUUUGGAUUUUAAGUGCGGUUGGAUUCAUGGGAGAGUUUCGGGUGGGAAAAUGAUUUCCAUCUGGUUUCCAUUUUCAAAAUGCCAUUCAGGCUGCUCUGGGGAGGUGGGGUACCUCCUCCUAUGCAGGCAUAGGAACAGAGGCAUUUAGAGGUUUAGGAGACUCUUGCAGUUGUCACAGUAAGAAAUGAUUGGCUUUUAACUGCAAUGGAGGAGAGAAAUGGCUGGAUCUGUGAUCUUUUUUGGAUAGGAGGGGAAUUCUGGAUGGGCAUAUGCCAGAAUCCUGGAGGAUGGAGAACGGAAUCUAGAAACUGAGGGGCCUGGUACCCAACAAAGGAGAUGGGUGCUGGGGAGGCCUUGAGGCGGAGUCCACAGGCUCCUCUGUUUCUUUUCCCCCUCACCCAGGUUCUGGUGCCUGAUGAUGGCCGCCCGGCCACCCCCCCGAGUGACCUCAUUGAGAUCCAGGUGGUGAAGGUGACAGACACCACGCUGGUACCUGAGCCCCCGGAGCCAGGUCCUUUCCACUGUGCCUUGUGCCCAGCUGCCUUCCGGCUGGUCUCCGAGCUGCUGUUCCACGAACAUGGCCACCUGGCUGGGGUUGAGGGUGGUGGGCAGGGUGGGGACCCAAGCCGGUGUCACGUGUGCGGCCACAGCUGUCCAGGACCCGCCAGCCUCCGUGCCCACUACAGCCUGCACACGGGAGAGCGGCCCUACCGCUGUCCACUCUGCCCCCGAGCCUUCAAGGCCCUGGCGCCUCUGCUGCGGCACCAGCACCGCCAUGGGGUGGAGGCAGGGACCUCUCAAAGGCCUCCGGAGGCGGCAGCGGCUCGAGAACAGCGGCCCGGGGUGCCCCGGGAGAGGUCAGACAUGCGAGACCACGAGCGGGUGCACACGGGCGAGCGGCCCUACCACUGCGGCGUGUGCGGCAAGGGCUUCACCCAGUCCUCGGUGCUGAGCGGACACGCCCGCAUCCACACAGGCGAGCGCCCCUUCCGCUGCACCCUCUGUGAUCGCACUUUCAACAACUCCUCCAACUUCCGCAAGCACCAGCGCACCCACUUCCACGGGCCGGGGCCGGGGCUGGGGCUGGGAGACUCUGGAAACCAGCUGGCAUCGGGGGCUGAGGGGUCAGGGAGUGGGUGUGGGGCAGGAAACACUCUGGAAGACGGGCGUGGGGAGAGAGCCAAAGUGAAGGCAGAGGUUGACCAGUAGUCUGGGAGAGCAGGCACAAAGAAGCAUUAUCAGGGGAAGUAGGAGACAGGUGGCAGGGUGGGGGUGGGAAAAGAAGGCUGGGGACAAAGAGGAGCAAUUGGGGCAGAGAUGACAUAAGAGCUAACACAGAUGGCAGUAAGCAGCCAAGUGGGAGAGCAGAGGGAGAACCAGGUUCAGGACCCUCACAAACCCACACAACACCUCCGUGAGAUUCAGAGAAAGGUACUAAUGCAUCUAAAUGCGAGGGGCACAGGCUGGAUUUCAUUGCCCCGUUUGCCUCCCCUCCGGGUUGUCCCCGUGCAAGACACAGCUUGUCACAUCAGAGUCUGGGCACUGUGGGGAGGGGGGGCCCGAGUUGAGCAGAAGGGGCAGAACGGGAAUGCACCACAGUGAGCCUGGGCCAGCCCUUCAUCUGCAGAACCUGGACUACCUUCGGGCCUAAUCUUUUGCCUACCUCACUGGAUUGCACUGAACAUGAGAUGCCUACCCAUCCUCAGGCAGAAGACGUCCACCAGCUCCUCCAUGCAGACUGGGAUCCCAUCACCUCAAAGCCAGAGGGUCCCCAAGUCACAGUCUAGAGCACUCAACAGUCUCAAGGAUGUAAGCCCAACCAUAAGGAUUUUGACUCCAGGAGCCACUACCCUCGUUCCCAUGGUGGUCCCUCCUUAAGCCACCCAGACUCCUCUUCCAAGGAAACUGAAAACCCGGACUGAAAACAGCCAUCUAAAGCCCCCUCCUAAAGCUUUGGCUCAGAGACCAUGGUCCUCCAGGUCUACAAAGUAGCCUCAAGUUUCUCUGAUUUCCUCUACUCCCAAUCUGAAGCAGACAGCUUACUGCCGGGUCCCAGGCUGUCCCCAAAAAGGCUUCAUGGAUGGCAGCAUGGUGGCCUGGCCAGCAUUUGUGGGUGUGGAAUAGCUGAGUUACCGUGGUAGGGGGCAAGAGGAGAUGGGAUCUGGAGGUGGGAAACCUCCAGUUCUAUUCCUAUUAAAGGACUUUCUGAAGGGUUUCCUCUA